AUGUUUAAAAGACUAAAGGGUUCUAUUGGAAAAAUUGAUGAACCAAAAUCAUCAAACUCUGUACCACAGAAUCGUCCAGCUUGGAGUGGUUUUUCUACAAUAUCACCAAUGAAUUCAGAGAUGGAUGAUUCACAAUUUUGUAUUGAUGAUGACAUUGAAGAAACACCCAAGAAUUCUCCAGCACGUGUUGCCGUCAGUGAAAGUACUACUGUUGAUCUAGGAAAAUUUAGUCAAUCAUCAUCAUCAUUAAUGAAUGAUCAACUUUCUUUUCAUACCGAUAUUGAAUCAGCGAGUGAAUUAGAUGAUAGUGUUAGUGUUGUAUCUGAGUAUGCAAAUGAAAUAACAAAAGAAAAUUUAUAUGCUGCAUAUAAAAAACUUCAUGGACGUUACCAUAAACAUAAAAUUAAGUAUACUGAAUUAAGUAAUCAUCUUAAACAAAUAUUAACAUCUCAUGAUAAAGAUAAGAAAACUAUGACAAAGGCUCAAGAUAAACUACUUCAAAGAAUUACAGAGCUUAAAGAACAGUGUACAUUAGAACAAGCUGCUAAAGCCCAUAUGGAAGAUGCAUUAAGAAAUGAUAUAGAAGAAAGAGAUCACAUAAUAUCAACUCUAAAUACUAAGAUUGAUUUAUUGAGGGAAAAUACUGGUGAUAAAUUUGAAAAAACAUCUUCUUUAGAUACUAUUAAUUUAUCGGCUAACUGUGAACAGUUGAAUGAAGAAUUGUCUUUAACAAAAGCAGAAUGUGUAUCAUUAGAAAAACAAAUUGAACUGCUAAAAAAAAGUGAAGAAACUACUUUACUAAGUCUAGCAGAAAAUAAAAUGGCUAUUCAUAAAGAACUUGAAACCAAAGAAGAUCAAAUUAAAAAAUUAGAGAAAGUUAUUAAUGGACUUCAAAUGGAAAAUAAAUUAUUAAUGAAAGAAAAAGCUAGUCAUUCAUCUACAAAUUCAUAUCAGGUAAAUAUAAAUCAGAAUGUUCAAGAAGAAAUAACUAAGCAAUUGAAUGAGAUCGAAGGAGAAAUGUCUUUGGCCUUUGAAUUUAAAGAAAAUGAAUUAAAAGAAUUAAGGAAUCAAGUUAAAGUAUUAGAACAGCGUUUAGAAGUACAAAAAGAAACAGAUAUUUCAAUUGAGAAUGUUUUAAAGAAUAAAGAAAAAGAAAUAAGUGAUCUUAAAUUAGUUAUUUCGCGUUUAGAACAAUGUUUAAAUGAUGAUAAAGUUUCAAAUUCAAAGAAAAUUGAUACAUUUUUAAAAGAAAUUGGAGAAAAAUCACAAACUAUUAAAAAUUUAACAAAUAAACUAAAAGAAAUGGAUAAGUUUAAACAAGACUAUGAGAAAAAUGAAAAUGAAAUACUUGAUUUAAAAAAUCAAAUUAUUCAAACUAAAAAAACAAUAAAAGAAAAUGAAUUGUUGCGUGUUAAGGAACAAAAUAAAUGUAUUGAAGAAUUAAAACUAAAAUCAUUAGAAGUUUCUAAUUUAAAAGAAGAAUUAAAAUUAUUACAAUGUACCUUAAAAGAAAAUGAAAUAAAAUGUUUAAAUCUUCAAAAAAAAUAUGAUGAAAUAAAAUUUAAAAAUACUAAUCUAAUAAAAUCUGAAGAAGAAUACAAAUUGGAAAUAAAUAAUCACAAAAAACUUAAUGAGACAUUACAACAGUCUAUUCAACUAAUAAAAAAUGAAAAAGAAAUGAUUACUGAAGUUAUGCAGUUAAAAAUAGAAGAAAAUAAAUUAGAAUAUGAUAAAUUAAAUAAAUUGCAUAAAGACAUGUUAAGUCAAUUAAAUCAAGAAAAAUUAAAUAAAAUUUCUGAAGAGCGUAGUAUUGAGUCUGUUAUUAAAGACUAUAAUCUUCUUACUGAAGAAAAUGCUUAUUUAAAAAAAGAACGACAGAAGAUGCUUCAAACAUUCCUUGAUAUGUUAAAAAAAUUUAAAAUUGAUUUUGAAAAUUUGAAGUCUUUUGUAAAAGAGCAAUUGGCAGAAUGGUCAUUAAAGUUUGUUGAACAUGUAAAACAACUAAAGACCGAAUACUCAACACAAAUAAAAUUGUAUCAUAAUAAUUUUAUUGAAACAAAACAAAAGGUAAGAGCUAUUCAAGAAGCUUUUCUUGCUGUAAAACUGGAUUGUAUACAAAACCUAGAAUAUUUUAAAAUUGAAAUUAUUGAAAAAUGCAAUAAAGAUGUUAUGAAUAAAUUGUAUCAAAAUAAUGAAGAACUCGGCAAAACAAAAUUGGAUUUAGUAAAACUGCAAAAAGAAAUUGAUCAUUAUAAAAAGAGUGAACAACGGUCAGUGAAAGCAGAAGUAAAAGAAACUAUUCAGGAAUUACAAGAAUGCAUAGAAAUACAAAAAAAAACUUUUACUGAUUUACAGGAAGAAUAUUCUCAUUAUCAAGUGAAUGAAAAGAAGAAAUGGACAGAUAAAUUAAUAGAAACUGAAAAAAAAUGGUUAGAAAAAAUGGAUAACUAUAAAAAAAUGAUGGACACAGAACAUAGAGAUGAAAUAGAAGCUUUAACCAACGAAUGGACCAAUGAAAGAAAACUGAAUGCACAGUUUAAGAAUGCUGAAUAUAAAAAUGAAGAGACUCUUGAAAAAAUAAUUCAAGAUGUUGAAACCACUUCACAACGUGAGGAAGUUCUCCAACGCCAAACUAUUAAACUUAAUAAAGAGCUAUCCGAAUUAAAAAAAAUGUACAGAAACGAAGUUCACAGUAAACAUCAAAACAUUGAUGGAGAUAAUGACAAUGAAAAAGGUGGAUGUGAAAUGGAAUACUUAAGAAAUAUUUUGUACGAAUAUAUGAUGGGAAAACAACCUAUGGUUUUGGCAAAAGUCUUAGCUGCAAUAGUAAAAUUUGAUUCAAAUCAAUUGAAUACAAUAUUACAAAAAGAGGAACAGAAAGUUUCUUUGUUAAAAACUCUUGGAUUGUGAUGUUAAUAAUUCAGAAGCUGUAUUAAGUAAAAUGUUAAUUGUCAUCUCAACAAUAACUUCACCACACUCAUUAUUCUUUAAAAGUUUUCUUAAGCAAUUUUUUUCUUAGUGCAAUUAUUUUAUGGUAAUUUUGUUUUUAAAUUGUAUAAUGUAUCAUGUAUGGUUGCCAUAUUAAGUAACUAUAUGUUAAUAUUAUUAUAGUGUUUAAUU